AUGAUCUCUGCUGUUGCUCGUACCUCGAUGCGCUCCCGCGCCGUUGCCCGUGUUGCCCGCUCGGACCACUUCCACUCGCCGAACGGCAUGAAGGGCGGCUUCAAGUUCCUGUACUGGGGCUCGUGCGCCUUCUUCUCGUCGCUCCCGUGCAUUGCCGCCUGGUGGCAGCUGCGCAAGGGCAACGGCAACACCGAGUACUAA